CAAGAUGGCUGCAGUUUCUGAAAAUGCUCUCUGCAUUCCCAUGCAAUAUAAUCCCAAAUUUAAAGUCUAUACUCGUCUUGAUGAACCAAUCUGGGGCAAGAGUCUAACAAGUAUAGAUGAAGCAAUGGAGGUCUUGUCCUUGUGUUCACAACUUGAUUUCCUCUGUAAGAAGGAGCUGAGUGAACACCCAACUGGAAGAAUAGAUCAUGGCAAAGUUGGUCAUUCCUUUGAAAUGAAAGCUAUUGUAUUACUGGAUCAGCUUCAAAAACAUGUUGAACAAAUUCAUGGAGGUCAUGUCUCAACAGAAGAUUACUUAGAAUAUACUGGAUUUGCUAAGUUAUUUCCAAGGGCAGCAGCUUAUGUGUCUCAUCCUAAAGAUUUGUCGAUAUCAAAUAAGUCAACACAUAUGGAUAAUUACUAUUCACAUAUGGCCUGUCUUCACCAAGUUGUCUCCAUUGCUAAUCAGAUCAUCCGAGAUCUCUUCUCAUCAUCUCAGCAUAAAUACAUGGCUCAUCAGCUGGCACUUUUAUUUCAAAGCCUAUCUCUAUUUAAAAGUAAUGACAUACUCAAUGCUUAUCGAACAAAUAUUGAACAAAACUUCAACUCAAUCAAAGAUCGACUCCAUCCAGAUUCAGGCGAGGUGACACUCACUCAGGAACAGCAGAAAUGGCUCUUCGAUGUGAUGACUGCCAUUGUGCAGACGGUGCAAUCAUUUCCCGUUGAUCUCACAAAAGACUUGUUCCAACUCUCGCAUACACUCCAACAGCUCUAGUAAAAUAGACAGUUCAGCUUUAAGUAAAGCCUCUCAGUAUUCAAAUCUAGCUUUAGAGUCCAUCUGUAUUCUAGCAGCAUUCGAGUCAAACUGUAUUCAGUUCAGCUUUUAGCCCAACUGUCAACAAUUAAGCUUUGAAGCUUUGUAUUCACUGGAACCUUGAGGCCCACGUGUCUUCAAUUGAGCUCCGUUUUCAGCUCAACUCGGCAGGAUCAAUGGUCUACCAGUCCAAAUAGUCAAUACACAUUGUACAGGUAGAGUUGCAAUAGUCCAUCUGGUUUGGAGAAACCUAGUCUCUGUUGACAUCUUUUAAAAGCAAUACUGCAUAUCAAUCUAUUUUUGACAAAGGAUUUGAUACUGUGGGGCUUUGACAAUUGACCUUGACCAAAAAUAUAUAAGUGAUAACCAUAACCACAACCUUAGGAAGGUGAUCAGCUGCACAAAGGAGUCUUGGAUUCUCGACUGAAGAUUUAUUUUAGAUCAGGAUGUCACUUUUAUGUGGUGAAGAGGUAUUUUAGUAUUCGUACUGUGUUGUUCAUCUUUUGACCACGAUGUUGUUUUUGUCCUAGUUUUGUAUAUAUCGCUGCAUUUUGUUAUCAUGUGCUCAAAGAAUGCUUUCCUGUGUUAUCUAUUGCUAAUGAUUGCCUUUCUAAGCUAUCGAUUGUACUUUAGGGUAGGAUCUCAGAAUGCUGUUAAAAUGUCCAAUUGUCACAGAAUAUUUCAGGGUUGGGGGCAAAAGGUAAUCUGUGCAUAUAAAGUUUGAAUUUUGAUUUUGGUGGAAAAAUUUGACUGAAGUGACGAUUGUCUCUGAAUUAACCACAUCUAAUACUUUUGACAGUAUGUAUCUCGUAUAUAAAGUUCCC